AUGUACUCACAGAACAACCCCAGCACACAGAGCCAAGCGAGCCCCAUCCUGGUCCCGUCCUCUGCUCUGCACCCGGACACACGAAGAAAAGGCAGAAAACUUCAAAUCAAACCAACUCUGAGAGCAGACAGAGAAAUCCUACCAGCAGGGGGCAGUGUGACACUGACCUGCUCUGUGGAGGGUCGAUCAGACCUCAUUUAUGGACUCUACAGAAGCUCAUCGACAUAUCAGUACAUAGACUAUAAAGAGUCUGGAGUUUUCAUAAUAAGGGAAGUAGGUGAAUACACCUGCGGAGGGUUUAACAGCUGGAUAACCUCCACAUCUCAUAGUGACCCCGUCAUCAUUCAGGAAACUGUUCCCCCGAAGCCCACAGUGGUCCUGCAGCCCAGCUGGACUCUGAUAUACAGAGGAGAGACAGUCACUGCCACAUGUCAGAUUAGAGGAGGAGGAGGAACUCAGUGGAAGUAUGAAUGGUUAAAUAGUCCUGAAACAUCCAGAGAAAUCAGAGUUUCUGACAGUGGAGAAUUCAGCUGUCGGGGCAGAAGGGACGAGUUUUCCAUCACAGAGUGGAGUGAUUUCAUCACUGUAACAGUUUCAGCCGACAGACCUGCAGCCUCUCUGAGAGCACGGAGCACAAUCAUACCAGCAGGGGGCAGUGUGACACUGACCUGCUCUGUGGAGGACGGCUAUGAUGGAUGGAGCUUUGACUGGUUCAGAAAUGGUGUGUCAGUCUAUCUUGAAGCUCACCACAGAGCAAACAGUAAAGUCAUCAGAGAGGGAGGUCUAUACAUUUGCAGAGGAGGAAGAGGAAGAGGAGGACGAGUUUUCUACACGGAUCACAGCGGAGAAGUCGUCAUUGAGGAAACUCUUUCCCCGAAGCCCACAGUGGUCCUGCAGCCCAGCUGGACUCUGAUAUACAGAGGAGAGACAGUCACUGCCACAUGUCAGAUUAGAGGAGGAGGAGGAACUCAGUGGAAGUAUGAAUGGAGACGAAACUGGUUAAACAUUUCUGAAACAUCCAGAAAAAUCAGAGUUUCUGACAGUGGAGAAUUCAGCUGUCGGGGCAGAAGGGACGAGUUUUCCAUCACAAAGUGGAGUGAUGUCAUCACUGUAACAGUUUCAGCUGGCACACCUGCAGCCUCUCUGAGAGCAGACAGAGGGAUCAUACCAGCAGGGGGCAGUGUGACACUGACCUGCUCUGUGGAGGACGGCUUGGAUGGAUGGAGCUUUGACUGGUUCAGAAAUGGGGGCUCAGUCUAUCUUGAAGCUCAGCCUGAAACAGACAAUAAGGUCCUCACAGUGUCAGAGGGAGGUCAGUACACCUGCAGAGGAGGAAGAGGAGGAGAGGCAGUUUUCUACACGGAGAACAGCAGAGAAGUCGUCAUUAAGGAAACUCAUUUGAGUGUUCCAGACAGAGCUGAGAGCUCCUCCUUUCCUGUUCUGAUGGUCGUUGGAGCUGUUGUUGUUGUUGGAGUCUUUUUUCUGGUUCUGACGCUCCUGCUGUGUCGCUGCAGACGGUCUGAAGUAACUCUGAGCUGUCAGCUUCAGCAUCAGGAUGCAGGAUGGAGCUUCUCCUGGUACAAAGCAGUUCGUGAUCGGUCAGCAGGGUCUUACGGAUAUAAGCUGCUGCCUGUUAACACCACUGGGGCCGAACAGGGUUCCUACAUCCUCCCUGGACAGACACACACAGCAGGAUAUGUGUGCAGAGCUGGGAGAGUGGACCGAGAGUAUCACAGCCAUUACAGUGAGCCACAGUUCGUCUGGUCUGCAGAUCUUCAUCCAGCAGCGUCUCUCACAGUAAGUCCAGACAGAGUUCAACACUUCAGACGUGACUCUGUCUCAUUAACCUGUGGAGGAAACUCGACCACCUGGAGAGUGAAGAGGUUCACAGGAACAGGAUAUCUUUUAAACUGCAUCUCCUGGGGAACAAUGACUGGAUCCAGAUGUGAGAAACAGCUUUCCUCCAGUGGUGACGGAGUGUUCUGGUGUGAGUCUGAAUCAGGAGAGUUCAGCAACGCCGUCAACAUCUCUGUACAGGAAACGCAUUCUUCCAGCUCACUGGUCAGAAGAAACCUGAUGUCCUCUGACUGUUUUACAGCUAAUUAUGAUGAUGGUCUCAUCCUGGAGAGCCCCGUCCAUCCUGUAACUGAGGGAGCUUCUGUCAGUCUGAGCUGCAGAACGAGAGGAAGAGCCCCACUUUCCAAAGUGGAUUUCUACCACGAUGCCAAACUGGUGCAGAAUAGCAGCAGAGCGGAGCUGAACAUCUCUGCUGUGUCCCAGUCAGAUGAAGGUUUCUACUGGUGUGAAGCAUCAGGGAGGCGUUCAGCACAGAGCUGGGUCUCAGUCAAAGGAAACUCGACCACCUGGAGAGUGAAGAGGUUCACAGUAACAGGAUAUCUUUUAAACUGCUUCUCCUGGGGAACAAUGACUGGAUCCAGAUGUGAGAAACAGCUUUCCUCCAGUGGUGACGGAGUGUUCUGGUGUGAGUCUGAAUCAGGAGAGUUCAGCAACGCCGUCAACAUCUCUGUACAGGCUAAUUAUGAUGAUGGUCUCAUCCUGGAGAGCCCCGUUCAUCCUGUAACUGAGGGAGCUUCUGUCAGUCUGAGCUGCAGACAGAGAGGAAGAGCCCCACUUUCCAAAGUGGAUUUCUACCACGACGCCAAACUGGUGGAGAAUGGCAGCAGAGCGGAGCUGAACAUCUCUGCUGUGUCCCAGUCAGAUGAAGGUUUCUACAGGUGUGAAGCAUCAGGGAGGCGUUCAGCACAGAGCUGGGUCUCAGUCAAAGCAGGUGUUUCCAGAGCUGAGAGCUCCUCCUUUCCUGUUCUGAUGGUGGUUGGAGCCGUUGUUGUUGGAGUCUUUCUUCUGGUUCUGCUGCUCUUGUCGGCCCGGUCACAGAGCCCCCCCCAGAGCUCCAGCACAAAUCACGAGCACGAGAAGAACAUCAGGGUCACUCACGCCGACACUCUGAGCGGGUCUGUGUGGAACUCACCCGUCUCUCCCAUGUUCUUCAGCUCGAUGACCGAGUAG